CACAUGCCUACACAUAUAAAGCCUCCUCUUACAACGCAGCGGCUCGUAGUACGAAGUGGAGGCAAUGAGUGGAGGGGUGUGGUUUCCUACACUGGGGCUUGUGGCCUGGCUGUGCUUCCUGGGGCCCGUCCAGGGGGGGAAGGUUCUGGUUGUGCCUGUGGAUGGGAGUCACUGGCUCAGCAUGAAGAUAGUGGUGAAGGAACUCGUCCGCCGGGGCCAUGACGCCUUGGUGCUGGUACCUGAAAGCAGCAUGUUGAUUCAUGGCUCAGAGAACUACAGGACUGAGGUCUUCCCAGUGCCAUACACCCAGGAUGAUCUGGAUCAGAUCUUUAACAAGAUGAAGGAUGGCGUAUUCGUUAAGAAUACAGGAAUCAGAGAACUUUACGAAAGCGUCUACCAUUUUGCUCACUUUCUUUCACUUCAAGUGGACGGUUGUGACAGACUGCUGAGCAACAAGUCUCUGAUGACGCGACUGAAGGACGAGGGCUUCGACCUGGUGCUCACGGACCCCUUCCUUCCCUGUGGCUCCAUGCUGUCUCAUGCCUUUUCCAUCCCAGCUGUGUAUUUCCUGCACGGACUUCCAUGCGAACUGCAUCUGGAGGCCAUCCAGUGUCCGUCUCCUCUUUCUUACGUUCCUGUGUUCUUCUCUGAAAACACAGACGUCAUGACUUUCCCACAGCGAGUCAAAAAUAUGCUCAUGUCUUUAGUAAUGUCCAACAUGUGCAAAUUAAUCUAUCGUGACUUUGAUACGCUGGUCAGAAAACAUUCCGGCGGCAUCACAACCUACCAGGAGCUCAUGAGCCACGGCGCUAUCUGGCUCCUCAGAAGCGACUUCGCCUUUGAUUGGCCCAGACCGAUCAUGUCCAACAUAGUUUUCAUUGGAGGCAUCAACUGCGCAAAGACAGCGCCUCUUCCAGCGGACCUGGAAGCGUUUGUUGAUGGUUCAGGAGACGACGGUUUUAUUAUCUUUACUUUGGGUUCAAUGGUGUCCAAGAUGCCUGAGGACAAAGCUAAAGAAUUCUUUGACGCCUUUAAGCAACUUCCUCAAAGGGUUCUGUGGCGAUUCGACGGAGUCCCACCCACAGAUGUUCCCAAGAACAUCAAACUUUUGAAGUGGCUGCCUCAGAACGACCUGCUAGGCCACCCCAAGGCUAAAGUCAUCAUCACCCAUGGAGGUAGUCAUAGCAUAUACGAGGCCAUCUGUAACGCUGUGCCCAUGCUGGUGUUCCCGCUGUUUGGGGAUCAGUUAGACAACGUACAUCGCAUGUUGAGCCGAGGGGUGGCUGAGAAACUCACCGCUCAUGACGUGACCACUGAGAAAGUACUGACUGCAGUCAACAAACUUGUCAAUGAUAAAAGAUACAAAGAGAAUAUGGUGAAGUUGUCUGCCGCCCAUCUGGACCGUCCUGUCGAGCCUUUGGAGUCUGCUGUUUUCUGGACUGAGUUUGUCAUCAGACACAAAGGAGCUCCGCAUCUAAGAGUAGCUGCACAUGACUUGAACUGGAUCCAGUAUCACAGCCUGGAUGUCAUUGGAUUCUUAUUAAUUAUUGUCUUAAGUGUUGUUUUUGUGACAGUAAAGUGCUGUUUGUCCUGCAUCAGGAAGUGCUGCAGAAGCUCAAAAAGAAAAUCAGACUAGUGUUUGUAACUAUUUGUUAGGUUUUAUAGGUGUUAAAAUGAAGAAAUGAAGAGAUUUCACACUGACGCACAGCACAAUUGUAGAGUGCAUGUGUGUGAAAUCUGUGUCAUUGUGAAACAACAUGCUAAUGAUGAUGGAAUAAAGCUGACCACUAACUAACAA